AGCUAGCUGCAAGCGAAUUUCAGCAAGUCAACUGCACGAGUACAACACGUGAGUCUCUUUACUUGUGUAGCCGUGGUAUCCUUUGUCGAGAUUCAAAUCAAAUCCUGGGGAGUAGUAUCACGCCACGCCACGCCACUAUUUGAUCGUCGCUAUAAGGGCACGUACAACGGGGCUGUAAGCCCCGUCUCCGUAGCCUCCAAAAUGCAAAAAAGACCCCCGCCGCUCAGCAGUAAAGGAGGAAAGAGAAGAUGAGCGUCGCCUCACCACGCGACGGCCCGAGCUCGUGCUCCCAGGCCAAGACGCCGGCUCGCCGCGCGUUGUACGGAGGCGUCGGCUCGCUUCAUCGCCUCGCGGAUCCAGCUGCGCGCGCGCGAGAGAGGUGAAGAUUGCCGCCAAAAUCCCCAAUAUAUGUCUCGGCUUCAUCCUUCUCCGCCUCCACCAUUCUUCCUCGCCCAUCUCCACCGAUCUUUGCUGCACUGCCUCGUCGUCGACUGUCUCCGCCGUCCUCGCUGCCGUUGCCUGUCUGUCGCCGUUCUUUGCUGCCCAGCCACCGUCCGAUGUCAAAGGAGGCGGCACCAGCUUCGAAGAGGAAGGCUACGGCGGCGGAGAAUACCAGGACGUCCGCCGCUCCGACGGCGGCGAUGGGGAGCAGGCUUCCCCAUGGAACCGGCUUGGCGGCAGCAUUCAUGGGGCGUGCAAGCAGCUUGGCAGCAGCACCCAACUCAUCCAACCCGGCCCUCUUCCCUGCUGGUCGCGGAUUUGGCUCCACCGGACGGGGAUUUCCAACAUCUGGUGGCUCUCCUUCCUCCAAUGGAUUCCCAAUCCCUCCUUCCCCAUGUCCAGUAUGGUGGGAAGCACCUGGAGUUGGUACUCCAUCGAAUUGGGAUCCAACAAGGGACAAAGAGACACACCCACCUGGUGGAUUUAUGAGUUAUUUUCCUAACCAGCCGCAUAACUUUCAUUUGGUUGGAGCAACAAUGAGUACAACAGUUUCAAACCACAAUGCUGAAAGUUCACCAAUAGAUUUGGAAAAUUUAUCUGAUCACCAGCAUGAUGGAGUUGAUAGUGAUAGAGAAAAUGUAAGAACUGAAAAGCGGAUCUUAUGGACAAUAGAUGAGGAUGAAAAAUUGAUGAGCUCUUGGGUUGAAAAUUCUACAGACUCUACACAAGGAGCUGAUAGGGGUGGCAACCAGUAUUGGGGUGAGGUUGUUGAUUCGUACAACAAGAGUAUCCCGUUAAAUAGGAAAAGAAAUGCCAAGCAAUGCAAGGAUCGAUGGCACAAGAUCAAUAAGUGGACUGACCUUUUUGAAUGUGCUUACUUGAAGGCUCAAAGAGUAUUUGCAAGUGGUUAUUCUGAGGAUAUGUGGUAUGAUGCAGCCCAAACCUUUUAUGUGGAGGACAACAAAAAGCUUAAGCUAGGACCCUUCACGCUAAAAAAGGUUUGGAAAGCUUGCCGAGGAGAGCCGAAGUGGAAGACAUACAAUGAAGAGUUGAAGAAGGCACGUAAAAGGAAGGCACACCAGCUUGAUCAAGGAGAGGAUACAAAUGAUGAAAGUUCAGAUGAAAUGCCAAAGAGACCAAUAGGGCAGAAAGCAGCAAAAAAGGCUUCUCUUGCUGCAAAAGGUAAAUCAAAGGAACUAGGUGAAGAUGGUAUAUCAAAAGAGUCAGCAAUUGAUGUGGAUGGACUUGAUAAGUUGAGCAAAAUACAAGAAAAUGUUGCUGCAAAUCGCAUGAAGGCAUUAGAGAUUCAACAGAAAUUGUCUGCUGAGAAGCUUGAAAGCUCUAGGAUGGCUCACCUUACUGCUCAGGAGAACAGAGAGGCAAAGAAACUUGAGAAAGAGGCCAAGAUGAUGGAGGCCUACACUACUCUCAUCUCUAGAGAUACAAGUGCAAUGUCUGAUGAAGAAAAGUCUGAACAUAUUGCUACCAUGAAGUGUUUUAGAGAGAGGCUAUUUCCUAGUAGUACUUAAUUUUGGUAUGUAUAGCUGCAGUGUACUGUAUACUCAGUUUAUUAUUACCAACUAUAAUCUGAUUGUGUGUUUGUGAUUGCAGGGACUAUGAAGACAUUUGAGAUGAAUUUUGCUAUAAGAUUGGCUUUUUCCAGUGUAGUACUAUCUGGACUGUUCAGUUAUCUAGUGUGUGAACUUGUGAGUUAAAUUGCUAUCAGUUUUUCAGUUUAUGAACUUGUAAGUUAAAGUGCUAUCUCGAUGAGAAAAAUGCUAUCUGGACUUGUAAGUUUUUCAGUGUAUGAACUUGUAAGUUAAUUGCUAUCUGGACUGUUCAGUUUUUCGUCAACCAUAUGUAAUCUGGAAGCAUCAAUUUGUGUUUGUCUAGUGU